UUCGGCUCUCGAGCUCCAACAGCAGCUUCGUUUUCGUUGCAGUGGCCCGUGAUCGACUUCGGCUUCUUGGUUUCUGGACCCAGCGGCAUAUAUCCGGGGGCCGCGAACGAGCUCUGUUGGCACUGUGAUCUGGCUAACAUCGAUCUGAGGGCCUGUGCUUUCCUACGGCCAAUUUCGCGAUCGCCGCUCUCAAAUCCCCAGACCCCGCUGCCUGGUGCUUGCAGAUUGCGUGAUUGGCGUUGCUCUGGAUCCCUCGCUCUCUCCUCUUCUCCUGGCGCUGCGUGCGCACAUUAAACGAUUCUACGCCACUAUUGCUGCAACGGCCAUGGGGAGUCCUACAGGGAGCAAGAGAUCCAGCCGAAGCGACUCCGCCGGUGCUGCUCCCAGGUCAAGCCCUGUCAACAAAUCAAGCCCUGCGGGACACUCAGACAAUCAGAGGCACCUGGAUGAGGAACUUGCGGCUGAGGAUCUGGGCCUCUUACACGGAGAUGCCGUCAUCGAGCCCGGUGGCAGCGACGAGGACGGCGAGUUCUCGCCCAGUGAAUUCGACGCCGAAUCCCUCAGCAACUUUUCGGAUUCCACCUCGUUGAAUUCCAGCAUCCUCCAGCAUAGUUUUGUUAAUGGCCGACGGUACCAUCGCUAUCGUCAUGGAAGGUAUCCAAUCCCUAAUGACGAUACCGAGCAGAAUCGGGAGGAUAUGCUGCAUACUAUGAUGAUGGAGGCGACAGACGGCAAGCUAUACUACGCUCCCAUUGGAACUCACCCUCAGAAGAUUAUCGACUUGGGCACUGGCACGGGCUUAUGGGCUAUCGAAAUGGGCGAUAGGUUUCCCAGCGCCGAAGUUUUAGGAAUCGAUCUGAGCCCCAUCCAACCCUCUUGGGUUCCUCAAAACGUCACAUUUAUCAUCGAUGAUGUCGAGGCCGAAUGGCUCAACGGCGACAACUGGGAUUUUGUCCACCUGCGCAACAUGAUACCCGUUAUGAAAUCACCGGUUGAUCUUCUGAGGCAAGCAUACGACCAUAUGAAGCCUGGUGGUUGGAUCGAGCUACAAGACGUAGACGGAGAUGUUCAUUCUGACGAUGACACAGUCCCGGAUGACUGGCCGCUUAAGCGAUUUACCGAGAUUUUGCUCGAGGGAUUCGCAAAGUUUGGCACGAAUGCUCAUGCGGCUGUUUUCGGGGGGCAGUACUUGGAAGAGGCAGGCUUCGUUAAUAUCCAGCACAAUUAUAUCAAGCUGCCAUACGGCACAUGGCCUAAAGACAAGGUUAUGCGUCUGGUUGGCAUGUACUAUCGCACCGCCUGCGAAGAAUUCUUCCCCGCCGUCGGUGCCAUCCAUUUCCCCUUACUCGGAUGGGAGAAGAACGAAAUGGAAGUCUUCUUCAUGCAGUGUCGCCAAGCUAUGCGAGAUCCCAAAGUCCACGCGUACGGCAAGAUGCACUUUUGGAGUGGUCAAAAGCCUCUUGAUGCGCUAUGAAUCAACUCGAUUCGACUCGACUCGAUUCAACUGGCUCAGAUCGAUUCAGCUCGAUAGUAUAUUGCGAUAGAUUGACAGCUCAAACUACACGGAUACCCAUAGAAGUUAUAGAGAAGCGAUUUCAUAUGAGAGGGUGUGUUGUGUUGUCUGGGUAUAAUCCAAAUUGGGCCUUUGCAUUAAGCUUGUGCGAGGAAGAUUGGUAUUGAGAGAGUUCACGGUUUGCAUCACAGUAUAUAUUUAACAUGUCGCGGCGAAAGUCUAUGCACUAGAUAACCUUUUAUCUCGCAGGCCCAUACUCCAUAUGCACAUAACUAUACAAUAUGAUUUAAUGCAAAAUUAAUUAAGACGCC